AUGUCUGCCACCACUAUUUGCAUCAAUUCUUUAAAUUAUACCAAUGUUUCAUAUGACAAGUAUUUUGAAUUCUUUCCAUAUGAUAAAUGGUCACUUGCUCGUUUUGUCUCUCAUACAAUCAAUAAUUACCAAAAUGCUGAUAAAAGGAUGGCUCGUCAUACAUUCUACACUACUUUACAUACUAUCAAAGAGGAUCCACACACAUUAAAAGAAGUUGGUAAUAUUAUCCAAGAAAUUUUGAAAAUAAAAAU